CUGCAUGUUGAAGGCUUGGCUGUCAAGUGUUGGCCGAGUGAAGGACCCGCCCUGCGCUUGGCAGCUAUGGAAACGGCAAGCGUCGCUCUUGGAAUGCAGGUUGGCACACUCUGACAAAAAGGUUUUUUGUGGUUUCCUUGUUGAAACUCCACGACUCUCCCCACCACACACAGACACGCAAACCCAACUUUCAACCUGAGCCAAGUGGCUUCCCGAGAAGAGGAGCCGAGCCCUUGCGACCCCAGAGAGAGAAACGAUGAGCUCAGGGGCUGUAGCCGUGGCACCUCCUGCCAAGAACGUGGUGGUGUAUCGGAACGGAGACCCCUUCUUCCAUGGCAGGAAGUUUGUGGUGAGCCAGCGCCGCUUCCUGACCUUCGAAGCCUUUCUCAACGAGGUGACUGGCAUGAUCCAGGCCCCCGUGGCUGUCAGGAACAUCUACACUCCCCGAUACGGGCACCGAGUCGCGGACCUGGGUGAGCUCCAGAAUGGCCAGCAGUAUGUCGCUGCGGGCUUUGAGCGAUUCAAGAGGCUCAAUUACCUCCACCCUGAAAUGCAGCAAAUGAAGAGGAAGUGGAAGAAAGAUGACGUUCGGAACUACGCCGGUCUCUCCCAGAGGACCCCGGUUUCCACAUCGUGGAAGAGGCAGGUGAACUUGCCCUGCAUUAUAUACGUUUUCCGCAAUGGGGAUUUGCUAAACCCUCCCUUCCGUGUGAUACUCAGCAACAGCACCCUGCAGGAUUGGAAUGCCGUCCUGAGACUCUUGUCUGAGAAGACACCGCUGCGCACUGGAUCAGUUAGAAAGCUCUGCAGGCUGAAUGGGGAAGUGGUCUCCAGAGGUGAGGAUCUGGUGAGUGGGGGCUACUACGUAGCCGCGGGACUGGAAAAGUACAAGAACCUGCCCUACGUGGAACUCUUGGUGCCUCCGAAGACUGUGCACCAGCCUUUCCGGAACCUUCCAAACCUCAGGAGGAGGAACCGAGACGAUGAGUUUGGCAAACUCUAUCGGACUUCCCAGGAUGGCUCCAGCGAUUCAGCACUCCUUGAACUCCCUCCACAGCUGAAUCUUCGACAGGUGCAGUCCACAGGAGUUGUGCCAGCAGAAAACAGGAGCCCACGUUCCUUGGCGAUGGCACCCAGACUAGCCAGGAAACACCCACUGAAAGAGAAGGAACCUUCCGUCUUUCAUGCCAAGCCUGUCCUCAUCAAGCAAAUCAAGCAAAACCCACAUCACGGAUCAUACCAAGAGAGAGACGAAGACAGCAUAUAUCAGACGAAAGGUCCAAGGAAAGAGACGGCAGGAGCUCAGGAAAUAGGGGAGGAUGAAGACACGCAGGUGGAAUUGCCUGUAGACCAGACCGCUGCCGAGACUGUGGAAGAGGAAGUUAAGCCCAAAAUGGAAGUAAAGCCACGCAGGAAGGUUGAGAACGAUGACAAGCUACAGAGAGCGCAUGCCAUCUGGAUGUCCACUGGUGAAGGAAGCAGCUCCAAAGCCCCAGUUCCAUCCGGCUUGGAGGCCGACCGCCAGAGAAGAGAAAUAACGAGGCUGAAACGGAGGCCCCAGCGAACGUUAUCCGGCUGAGAAAGGAGAUCCCAAAAUAACUGCGUGUUUGCCCUCCCCGCUCCUUUCUCUACAGUUCUCUUAUGGAUGUUCUUAAAAAUAAAUUUGCAAAUCCACCCAGUAUCAACUGUUCGGCGUUCACUUGAUAGUCACAGAGGUGGGUUCUGAUCAGGGGACACAGUAGAGCAGGGGAAAUUUCUUAAGCUAACUGGAGAGUGACUAGUGUUCCUUACAAGUUUAAGGAAGAAAAAACAUAAAUAUGGCAACAGGUAAAUACCACACCUAUCGCAGGUGGUGAUCCUCAGCCCUGUGAGUACCAGUUCUUCUGUAACCGAAACAGAAGCAUUCAAGACAGAAGGCUGGGCGAACAGGGAACAAUGUGGAAAUAAGGCACCAGAUUUAGCCACUUAAGGUUCAAACCAUCACUUCGCACUGAACAAGAACAAUGCAUCUAAUGUUAAGAAAAUGAGGUUCUGAAAGUGAAGCCAAAGUAUUAGAAACAUUAGUUUUAAAAUGUUACUUUUAGAUGCAUCUGUGGUCUUAUGUGAUACAAAGGAGUCAGCAUGACUUCCAACUGGGAAGUAACAACGCCUCUGGGAGUAACAACAGCCUCAGAAAACCCAAACAAUAUUAUUCUCAAGGGAAACGCUUCACACAGCAACAAUGUCUGUGGCUCUAACUCAUUUGCACACAACUGAAUUUCAGAAACUCCAGAGAGACAGAGGGGAUAUUUAUUCCCUACAAAAACAGGUUAAACUGUUCUCUUGCAAAAGUCCACAAAUGGAUUUGCAUACAGAUGCCUAAUGCUUCCCGUGUUUU